AACCUCCUGCGGACCGUGUACUACUACGUCGUUGAGACCAGGCAUGCGCUUGGACCAACGCCAUUCCCACUGGCGGAGCGGAGCCAAUCCCCGGCCUGGAGGCCCGCAUCUCCGCCCGUCCGCUGACUCAGCCCACCGCCGUCGACCACCCCGCGUCCUGCAAUUCACUGGCUCAGCACGAAGCUUGUAUGUGCCUUGAAUCCCGACUUUCUUCGGUCAAUUUCCCGAGUCAUUAUUGGAGAGACAGUCCGGCCCCUGAAACCUCAAAAAAAAUUCAGUCCUACCCCGCUACGCGAUAAACCGCCGACAUCGAAUACCCACGCUCGAAUCCGGACCCGACGCUCACAACGAAGAGAAGAAAUAGAAUCAAGACCACCAUGGAUACCCCCGUGCGCCUCACCGUGCUCAUCUCCGGCAACGGCUCCAACCUUCAAGCAGUGAUCGACAAGACCCUCCAAGGGCAACUCUCAACCCAGAUUGUCCGAGUCAUCUCCAACCGCAAGGAUGCGUAUGGUCUCGAGCGGGCUCGACAGGCCAACAUCCCCACGCAAUAUCAUAACCUCGUGAAGUACAAGAAGCAACACCCCGCCACACCGGAGGGCGUCCAGGCCGCCCGCGAAGAGUAUGACGCCGAACUUGCCCGAUUGGUGCUGGCCGAUAGGCCGGAAAUGGUUGCUUGUUUGGGUUUCAUGCAUGUCCUUUCGCCAAGGUUCCUGGAGCCGUUGGAGGAGGCCAAAAUUAACAUUAUCAAUCUGCACCCGGCUUUGCCCGGUGCGUUUAAUGGCGCGAAUGCUAUUGAGCGCGCGCAUGCCGCUUGGCUAGAGGGGAAGAUCGAUAAGACGGGAGUCAUGAUUCAUAAGGUCAUUUCGGAGGUGGAUAUGGGGACCCCGAUUCUGGUGAGAGAAAUUCCCUUUGUUAAGGGGGAGGAUGAGGAUCUGCAUAAGUUCGAGCAGAAGGUACAUGAGGUUGAGUGGGGGGUAGUCAUUGAGGGGGUGCAGCUUACGAUCCAGGAGGUCAAGGAGGGGAGGUAGAGGUGAUUAGUGGUGGGGCGUUUGGUCCAUGAUUGAUACCAUAAAUGAAAUGAGACGUAUAAUAUCCGCGGGAGAAACAAUGCCGCUUUCUCCGGGAUGCGUAUAGUUCCAAUACACCAU